GCUGCCACCUGGCCGUUGUCCCCUGCGGCGGCCGGCAACCCGGGGCUCGUGGUAAAGAAGUAAAAAUCCCCGUGUUGUGCCUUACCACAAGGCAUUCAAACUCUUCCCCACAACUUCGAUUCUCGUUUUCUGUCGGAAUUUCGCUACGCGCACCUGCUGCUCUCGGAGACCGACCGAUAAAUAGGUUUCUCUCGGAGCACAGAUUCCACGCAGUUUUGUUUGCGCUUCGCUUUUUGUUUUUUCUCCACCAUUAGCAGAAAGAAACCGAGUUGAGCAGUUAUGCUCUGGAUCUUCCUCCUUCUGCUGAAUCCGGUCCUCUGCACACCGACCACCCGCCUCCCCGAUCUGCGAGGUCUCUCCCACUUGAGUAGCCCCGGUCUGGAAUUGAUCCGACAGCUGCUGAGAGAACUACACGAGUGUCGGUCCUCCAAAGCGCCCGCCAUGAGGAAAGUCCUGCUCUCUAACAAAACGGUCACUUGCAAUGACGGAUCGCCAGCAGGAUAUUACAUUCGAGAAUCCAGAAGUAGCAAAAGGUGGAUUAUUUAUUUGGAAGGUGGUUGGUACUGCUUCGAUGAGAAAAGCUGCAAUCAUCGAUGGAGUCGUUCGAGGAAUUUGAUGUCGUCCACGAUGUGGCCAGAAACCAGGAGUGUCGGUGGGAUUCUCUCUCCAGAUCCAGAAGAAAAUCCGUAUUGGUGGGAUGCAAAUCAAGUAUUUCUUCCUUACUGUUCAAGUGAUACAUGGAGUGGAGCAUCACAUUCCACACGAAAAGGAGAAUUUUCUUUCUUGGGAUCACUCAUUAUUAUUGAAGUGAUCAAGGAUCUCUUAACCAAAGAUCUCUUCUCAGCCGAUAUGCUUCUAUUGGCAGGGAGCAGUGCUGGUGGAACAGGAGUCCUGUUGAAUCUGGAUCGCGUAUCCGAUUUUCUCCAUGGUCUAAAAUCCAAAAUUGAAGUCCGUGGAUUGGCAGAUUCCGGAUGGUUUCUGGAUAACGAACCCUACCAACCCCUAGAUUGCCUGGAUCCCCAGACGUGCGCUCCGGUAGAGGCCAUCAAGAGAGGCGUCAAAUUGUGGAACGGACAAGUUCCAAAGAGGUGCCAAAUGCAAUAUGCUUCAAGUGAUGUUUGGCGGUGCUAUUUCGGUUAUCGGAUAUACUCCACAUUGCAGAGUCCUGUAUUCGUGUUUCAGUGGCUUUUCGACGAAGCGCAGAUGACAGCGGAUAAUGUUGGAGCUCCAGUGUCGAAGCCUCAGUGGGAUUACAUUCAUAAAAUGGGGAAUGAUUUGCGAACAUCUCUAGAAAACGUGACCGCCGUAUUUGCACCAUCGUGCAUCUCUCACAUGGUGCUAUCGAAAAAGGACUGGCGGCAUGUGAAGAUAAACAAAGUAUCGUUGCCACAAGCUCUGCGUUGCUGGGAACUGCAAGCACACGAGCACAAUCAUCAUCAUCACCACCCCCAUCAUCAUUUAUACGACCCAAUGAAUACGGAAGCUCUGCCUCAGGACGUAACGAGCCCCAGCAACAUGUCCGGAGACAUGCCCACUGCAAGUCUUCGGAUCGGUCGCAGGAAGUCAGACAACAGUUCAGCCGAAAAUCGUGAUGAGAUGGAUUCCAGCGAGUCCAUUCUGGACAAAGAAGAGAGGAGGAAGCAGAGGAGGAAAGAGAGGAAGAGAAGACGGCAGAAUAAGAACAAAAAAAGGAAGAAAAACAGCCGUAAAGAAUUGAGGAGCCGUGACAAACGAUCUCUCUUUCCGGAAGACCUCCGAGUCCGUCACCGGUGGACGCUACACGAAGACCUCUGCUACCACUGGCUGGUGGACGAAUGCAGCUGGCCACAGUGCAACCGAGCCUGUCCCAGACUCCACGAUCCCUUCACCGGCGAGGAGCUGGAUUUCAUCGAGCUGCUCAAGUCCUUCGGGUUAGACAUGAGCAGCGUCGCCAACGCGCUGGGCAUAGACCUGGUCACUCUGAACGACAUGGACCACGACACGCUGCUGCAGUUGCUCACUCAACAAACCAACAAGUAAGAAUUUCCACCCUCUCGUGUUCCUGAGCGCCAGUAUGACUUACCGUCUCCUUGUCAGAUGGGAUAUUCAAAGGCAGCUAUUUAUAACACUUCCACAACUGCUUCCCGAUCCGCCCCAUUGAAAGGAGUUCUACAUACCCUAGUUGCUAUUUCGACUCUGCAUGAUUUUCAUCCACAAGUCUCUCGAUCUUCCUUGCACUUUGCGUCACCCAUUCAUCAAUCCAUCAUGAAGUGUCGUUUGCCUUCUAUAUAAUAUAGUGCUAUCUUAAAACGCUUAAAGAAUAUCGUCGUCUUUGAAGCUUGAAUUAAAUACCAGACAAAAGACUUAAAUUACUUAGCAUAGUUAGAAUUCGAUCAUUAAUCUCCUUUCAUUGUGCUUGGCAACUUCAACACAUAUCGUAGAAACUUGAAUUCUGAAACUGAUCAACACAGCACUUCCACCUGCCAAGUUUUAUACUUGCCAUUGAAUGAUUCUACUGAUGUACGACAUGCUGCUACAGCUGCUUGUAUAAAAACUGAAUGUCUCUCUUAUUUUUUCGUUCAUAGUCUGAAUAAGGACCUCAAAUAAAUGAGAAACACUUUGCACAUCUCAAGGUUUCUAUGACAGCAAAAGGAAUUAAGACUGACAUUUACAAUCGAAAACGAAUGAUUUGGAUUAUUUCCUGGAUAUUGUGAAUUUUGGUGAGUUUUCUCAGGUUCUUAUGAGAUUUCAAGUUCAUUGAUUCCUUCAUUUUUUUGUUAUUUCUCAUGUAAACAGUAUCGGUAUUCAAAGCAAUUAAAACAUCGACCCAUUUAGACAGAAUUAUUAUUGCAAUAUUUCUCGUGAGAAACAUCAGCAAGAAGUAAAAGAGUAAAAUCCUGAAUAGGAUGCAACGAAGAACUGAACAACUUUAUAAAAAUUGUUACGAAUAAAAGUGCAAACAUGUCUUUGCUAAAGUUCUAUUUUGUUUCGAUGCGCAUUUAAAAGAUACAGUUGACUAUAUCUGAAUAAGACAGAAAAUUUCAGUAAAGGCUGAAAAUAAUUAGCAUUCGCGAAUUUAAACUUGAAUUGUCUUCAUUGUUCUU